GGGUGGGCACACGCGUGUUCCCGUGUGGCUGCUGCCCGUGCCGGGGGGGCCUCGGCUGUCCCCAAGUGUCCCCAAGCGUCCCCCCCAUCCCUCUGAGAGGGGGCACCGGGACAAACCCGCCCUGGGGACACCUCAGGGUCCCUCCGGGGGACACGGGAGCCCCUCGGCAGCCCCGCAGCUCCCGGUGACGGGAGGUGGCGGUGGAGGGGUGUCCCCUGCGGGACCCCCCCGAGGCCCCCCCGGCCCCGCUGGCUCCGUCAAUCAGCGCUGGCCCCGUUCCGGGAACAUGGAGGGCCCCGAGCUGCUCCGGCUCUGGGCGCUGGCAGCCCUGGCCCUGGGGGUGUCCCGGGCCGCUGUCCCCGAGCACCGCGUCCUCCCCGACCUCCGCCUCUCGGCCGAGACCGGAGCCAUCUUCGUGCACGAGCUGGAGCGGGAGCUGUUCCUGGAGGCCUUCUCUGGGAGCGAGGAUGAUGAUGCCCCCGUGACAUUCCGUGCCCACCUGUGGGACCACCCGGACCUGCCGCGGUGGCUGCGCUUCGUGCAGCGGGACCCGGGCCAGCCCGGCUUCCUGUACGGCUGCCCGCUGGCCCCCGAGCUGGGCACCCACCGCAUCCAGGUGCUGGCCUACAACCGGCGCACCUUCGCCACCGCGUCCCGGCUCCUCCUCAUCAGCGUCACCCCCGCCCCAGGUGGGGACGCACCGUUCCAGGCCGAGUUCCUGGUGGGGAACAGGAACGUGGAGGAGCUGCUGCCGGAGGCGGCUCGGGAGCUGUUCCUGCAGGCUUCGGCGGGGCUCUGGGAGCGCGGGGACCUGACCCUCAUCAAUGUCACCUCGGCCCUGGACCGCGGCGGCCGCGUCCCGCUGCCCAUCGAGGGCCGCAGGGAGGGGGUGUACGUCCAGGUGGGCUCGCACAGCCCCUUCUCGCCGUGCCUGGUGUCGGCCGUGUCCCCCCAGAGCCGCUCCCGCUGUCACCGCGGCCAGCGGCCCCUCGCCUCCUGCUACGACACCUUCGCCCCGCACUUCUCCAUCCGCUGGUGCAACCUCACCCUGCUGCAGGUCUGGCCCAGCCCCAGGACGCCGGGGCCGGAGUGGGGGUCGGGGGUGCUGGAGGAGAGGGGCGGAUUCGAGCCCCCCACCGGGGCUGUUCCCCGGGAGCUGCUCCCCGCUUUCCUGGUGACGCUGCUGGUGCCGCUGGCCGUGGCCGCGCUGCUCUGCUUGCUCCUGGGCCACCUCAUGUGCUGCCGCAGGGAGGGACUGGAAAAACGGGACUUGCAGACGUCUGACCUGCAGCUGGUCCAUCACAGCUCCAUCGCGGGGGACACGCGCGAGCUGCGGCUCAUGGCCCGGAGCCGGGACGUGCCCCGGCCGCUCUCCACGCUGCCCAUGUUCAACAUCCGCACGGGCCAGCGCCCCCAGCCCCUGCCCCGCGACGGGGCCCGCGACCCCCUCAUCCCCCAGCCGGGAGCUUCUGGGGGGACCCGGGCCCACUGAGGAGGUUUUGGGGGUCCCCGGGUCCACUCAGGAGGUUCUGGGGGGACCCAGGACCACUCAGGAGGUUUUGGGGGGACCCAGGCCCAUUCAGGAGGUUUUGGGGGUCCCGGGCCGACUGAGGCGGUUUUGGGACAGCCCCAGGCUGGGAAAGCGGGGUCCGGGUGGGUUUCGGGGGGAUAAAAGCCCGGCAGAGGGAGGAGGAGUUGCGGGCCCGGCCGGGCUCUGGCGGGAGGAUUUGGGGUGUCCCCGCUUUAGGGUGAAUUUUGGUGUGGGAAUAAUUAACCCUUUAGUGACGAAA